UAUACUACGUAAUUGGAAAAGAACUUAGCUAGUUUGCCAUAUUAUUCUGAAUUGUUUAACCUCUUGGCUCUUCAAAUACCAGCAUUGGCUACCCCUUAUUGCUAAUUGAUCAGGCUAAAUUGAGCUACGGGAAGUGCGUAUAAGGAAAGAGGCUGCCUAAAACCAUGGAAUGCGCUUCAAAUAUCAGGCUUCCGGUCAUAAAUUUAACGGAGGAAAUCCUAAGAUCCGGAAAAGAUUCUUGGACUGAAGCGCGAAACAUUGUCACACGGGCAUUUGAAGAGUAUGGCUGUUUCAUAGCUGUUCAUGAUAAGUAUCCUUCAGAGGUUAGUGAUUCCUUAUUCUCUGAGCUGCAAGAUUUAUUUAACCUGCCGUUGGAGAUUAAAGUCCAAAACACUUCUCAAACUCCCCUCUCUGGUUAUGCUCGGCCAAGACCCAACGUGAACCUCUACGAAAGCAUGUGCAUUGAAGAUGCAACAAAUCUUGAAGCAGUCGAGAAGUUCGCAAAUCAGAUGUGGCCCUCCAAAAAUAACCAUUUCUGUGAACUGUUUCAUUGCUAUGCAAAUCAAGUAGCAGAAUUAGAUAAAAUGGUGAGCAAAUUGGUGUUUGAAAGCUAUGGUGUGGAGAAGUACCACGAAUCUCAUGUGGGAUCAGUGACUUAUAAUGUUAGAUUCAUAAGGUACAGGGUACCCGAACAGAAUGAGAUGAAUGUCGGCGUUCCUCCUCAUUCUGACAAGAACUUCAUAACCAUACUUCAACAGAAUGAAACUGAUGGUUUAGAAGUUCAGUUGAAGAAUGGAAGCUGGAUUCCUAUUGAUUUUCCUCCUUCCUCCGUAGUAAUCAUGGCUGGAGAUGUAUUCUCGGCGUGGAGCAACGGUAGAGUGCAUUCCCCAUUUCAUAGAGUAACUAUGAAGGGAAAAGAAAGGCAUUCGAUUGCACAGUUUGCCUAUUGCAAGAAAUUGGUAGAGACACCAACAGAGCUGGUUGAUGAUGAACACCCCUUAUUAUAUAAGCCAUUGGACAAUUUUGGUUAUCUCCGAUUCUUGAGCACAGAUGAUAAUUUGAAUACUCCAAAUCCACUGAAGGCCUAUUGUGGCGUCUAAAACACCAGACGCAUCGAUUUUUAUGGAUGAAAAGCUUUUUCUUCUUUUAAGUCGAUGUUUAUUCUCCUCCCCUAUUGUGCCCACUUUUUCUUGAAAAUGUUAGGGGAGUAGCUUUCUCCAGGAUUAAUCUACGAAAUAAUUUAUUUUAGUGUGCUAUCUGUUUUGUACCUGGAAGAAAUAAAUAAGGGAAAAGAAAGAAAUUGGAGGGAUACAAAUAAAUAAAAUUUGGCAAGUAAUCUACUGUUCAAUCAAAA